UCUUAAGAUAAUUUAUUGUUGUUGCACUCAGAUGGAACUAAGCUUCGUAGUGAGUAGCGGAUAUCUUUCUAUUCAAAUGUAAAUGCCUCUAAUUUUAUCGAUAGGAAUCAAACUGACUUGACUUUGAAUAGGUAGUACUACUAUGGUCCAAAAUGUUUUAGAAAUGAAGAUAUCUAACAAACCUUACUUUUAUUUAUUUAUCUUCUCUCUUUUCAAAACUUGGGUGGGGUGCCCAUACCCCAAACCAUAAGUCUAAUGUUUGGUUUAUAAAAUUUGGGCCAUUCAAUCACUACACAACUCUCCAUCGCUAGCUUCAAACUCCACAGCAGAGCUGCCAUGGCCGACGACCAUCCCCCACUCCAAAAUCCCCAAAAACUUCCAUUAAAAUACCGCCUCCUCCUCCGUCUUCGCUCCUUCGUCUCCCACAAAGCUCUCCGCCCCAACAUGACCGUCAAUCGCUCUCUCAUCUCCCUCUUCGAGUCCAAAGUCUCCUCCUCCUCCACCCCUCGCGACGGCGUUUUCACUUGCGACACCGUCAUCGAUCCCUCUCGCAACCUCUGGUUCCGCCUUUUCGUCCCUUCCUCCACUCCCCACGACCUCCCCAUCCCUCUCCUCGUCUACUUUCACGGCGGCGGAUUUGUCUUCUUUUCCCCUGAUUCCCUCCCCUUCGAUAUUCUCUGUCGCAAACUCGCUCGCGAACUUCAAGCCGUCGUUGUAUCUGUCAAUUACCGCCUCUCUCCCGAGCAUCGCUAUCCUUCUCAGUACGAAGACGGAUUCGACGCUUUGAAAUUCAUCGACGAUUUGGAUUCUAGCGCGUUUCCGGAGAAAUCUGAUUUCAGCCGCUGUUUUAUCGCUGGAGAUAGUGCCGGCGGAAACAUAGCGCACCAUGUCAUAGUCAGAUCUAGCGAUUACAAGUUCAAGAAGGUGAAGAUCAGAGGUUUAAUUGCGAUUCAACCGUUCUUCGGUGGAGAGGAGCGGACAGAAUCGGAGAUUCGAUUCGGAGAAACGCCGACUUUGAAUUUGGAGCGGGCGGAUUGGUACUGGAAAGCGUUUUUGCCUGAUGGAGCGAACCGAAACCAUGUGGCGGCGCACGUGUUUGGAGAGAAGGGUGUAAAGAUUUCGGGGGUGAAGCUUCCGGCGACGCUUGUGAUCGUGGGAGGAUCAGAUCAGUUGCGAGAUUGGGAUAGGAAGUAUUACGAGUGGUUGAAGAAGGGCGGAAAAGAAGUGGAGAUGGUGGAAUAUGCUAAUGCGAUUCAUGGAUUUUAUGCCAUUCCUGAACUGCCCGAAACUUCGUUGCUGAUUGAAGAAGCUAAGAAUUUCAUUGGCAGAAUAGGGAGCAGUGUAAAUGAUGAAUUGAAGUGAAGAUGACGAUUGAUCCCAUCAUUCUUCUCAUCUUUUCCACCAGAAAAGUAGGAGAUUGCAAUAUCCUCGUUAUCAACCGACGCUCAAAUUAUUCAAAUUAAAAUUACUUUUCUCCUCUUCAACAAAUCCUUCUUUAAGAUAAUUUCUCUAAACUAAAUGGUAGUUUUUAUUGUUUUUUUUUUUUUUUAAUUUAUAAGUACCUAAGUGUUAUAAAAUAUAAUAUCAAAAUAGAUCAAUUUGAGAAUACUCAUAUUCACCA